CUGUCCAUAGAAGAAGACUUUUAGUUGUGGAAGUGUGAGGCUGUGAGCUGCGUUCAUCCUCUCCGAUUCACUGCGUAUACAUGUAUUUCUUUGAGAGUUGAAUUCGAUAUUUAUUCUUUUCAAAACUGAGGUUAAGAUACGACGACAGUAGCUGUACAAGGUAAUUUAAGGUUUGAGCAUUGAAAAGUACACCAGAGCAUCGAAUGGUCUCCAGUAAACGUUAGCCAGUUAAAGGUUAAUAAGGGUGCAGUCAUGACGUCACUGGGAAGCAGUAGUUCCUCCACUACAACGGAGUACACUGUACGAGUGCCAAAAAACACCAGUAAAAAAUACAACAUAAUGGCUUUCAAUGCUGGUGAUAAAGUCAGCUGUUCCACAUGGACUCAGGCCCGUAUGGAGAGAGAUAUGAGUAAUAGACGUAUAUACGGAGAGGAGGAGACUGCAGAGGGGGCAGCAGGUAGCGAGUUUGGAAAGAAACAGAGAGAGGAAGCGCGGAGGAGGAAGUAUGGCAUUAUUACAAAGGAGUUCAAAGUAGAAGACCAGCCAUGGAUCCUUAAAGUUAAUGGCAAGGCAGGAAGAAGAUUCAAGGGUCUGAAAAAAGGCGGUGUGACGGAGAAUGCUUCCUACUACAUUUUCACGCAGUCUGCUGAUGGCGCCUUUGAGGCGUUUCCCGUGAAUGCCUGGUACAACUUCACACCACAGGCCAAGCACCGAACGCUCACAGCCGAGGAGGCAGAGGAAGAGUGGGACAGGAGGAACAAAGUAGUGAACCACUUCAGUAUCAUGCUUCAGCGGCGUCUCCGAGAACAGGAGCGAGGGGACGAUGAUGAUGAAGAGGGAGAGAAAGGGGGGAAGAAAAAGAAAAAGAAGGGAGGCAAGGGAGGAGACCUGCGCAUACAUGACUUGGAGGAUGAUUUGGAAAUGAGCAGCAAUGAUAGCGACGGAAGCAUGGGAGAGGAUGGGGAGGACAAGUCAAAAGCCAAGAAGGAAAAGGGCCCUAAAGGCAAGGGGAAGAAGAAGAAGAAAAAGGGCAGCGAUUUGGAAGGCUUUGAGGAUAGUGAUGACGGUGACUUUGAAGGCUUGGAGGUGGACUACAUGUCUGAUGAGAGCAGCUCUGAAGAUGAGGAGCAAGAGAAGACAAAGCCAAAUAAAGGAGAAGAUGUACCUAAAGGGAUUGAUGAAGCUACUGAUAGUGAGGAUGAGAGUGAAGAGGAAAACAAGAAUGAAGAGGAAGCAAAGGAGGAAGAAGAGGAGGAAGAUGGGAAGAAGACACCAGUUCAGGUGGAAAAGAAGAAAAAGAAAGACAGUAGUGGAGAAUCGGACACCUCGGAGGACAGCGAUAUUGAGGGAGAGGCAGCUUCAGCGCUGUUUAUGAUGAAGAAACGCACACCUCCCAAGCGAGGGGCCGGCCGUGGCUCGGCUGGUAGUUCAAAAACAGGAAGUCGACCAGGGACGCCUUCUAUCGACAAUGCUGCCACUUCCAGUACUCUCCGUGCCGCUGCUACCAAACUGGAGCAGGGUAAGCGCCAGACUCCGGUGUCCACUUCAGAGACUCCCGCUGCUAAGAGACUGAAGAUGGAGCCCAGCCCUCAGAGCUCCUCUGGAAAGAGUACUCCACAGCCCACAUCAGGGAAAUCCACCCCCAGUGCCAGUGACGUGCAGCUGACGGAGGAUGCCGUACGCAGGUAUCUCAUCAGGAAGCCCAUGACUACUAAAGAUCUGCUGAAGAAGUUCCAGACCAAGCGUACAGGCCUCAGCAGCGAGCAGACGGUCAAUGUUCUCGCCCAGAUCUUAAAGAGGCUAAACCCUGAGAGGAAGAACAUCAAUGAAAAGAUGCAUUUCUACCUCACCGAAUGAACUUAAAAGAGCUGAGUGCAGUUGCUUUAGUCCAUCACCAAGCAGCCUCUCCUUUAAAGAAAACCCUGCUUGGUCAGAAUCAUUUUUUGUGCUGUCGUUUUGCUUUUCCCCACCCAACAUUUCUUAACCGUAGUCUUUAACUCGUGUAACUUAUUGAAGUAAUAGAUGAUGAGAACCUUGGUGGAGGAAAAGAUAGGAAACGGUAACAAUGAGAGUUUUUGUAAAUGGAUACACAUUUCCAGGAGAUUUAGCACAGUGGUAAUAGUUGAAUACCACAGAAUGAUGGUAUGUCAGCGUCGAUGUUCAGGAAGAAGGGGGUCUUUUAUGGAAAACAACUUAUUUAGUCUGCUUUUUUAUCGGGUUUAACAGUAUUUUCCCCAUUAUUAUAAUUUUGCUUUCCUACAGUGUAGUUAAAAGCUGUAAAAUGUUCACCUUAUUUGCAGGUGUUUCAUCUUAGUAAUAAAUUGAAUUUGGUCUGAA